AUUGGCUAUUGAUUCAAAUUUGAAACACCAGUCACCAACAAAACAACAUUUUCUCAAUGUCUAUUGCUAUUUUGUAUCCAUCAGGCUGCACUGCGUGAAGUUCUUUCGUGUUUCGAAUUUUAUAUUUUGACAGUUUUUUGUACAAAUUUCAAAUUUCAAAAAAUCCAAUCCAAUCCACAGUUUACAGUUAGACCUCGUGGCUCGUAAUUUGAUCCACAUCACAUUUAUCCUCUACCAUGGGGUCACAGUUUCACGAGAACGGUGUCCUCACUGGCGUUGCAGGUUCCUUUUGUCUGCUUUGUGAAAAAUACAUCACAAGAACUGAUCUGCCUGGUCACAUCACUCAUGUUGAACACACUGAAAAGUUGGAGUCUUCAGUUUACGUAGAGAAAUAUAAAGAUGACCACAUCCGAAAGGUCAAAGCAGGGUACUACUGUGAGCCUUGCAACAUGUUGAUACAAACAUCGUCAAAAGUUGGCAUCCAUGUAGGCAAUACUACCCAUGCUACUAACAGAACUUCUCAACUGGUAAGAGAACUUGAUGAAGGGUUGGUCGCUUUUGAUGAUAUACUGAUAGAAAAACAAGCAUGGAGCGGAUUGAACAAAGAAUCCUGCCUUGUUUGUAAUGUGGAGUUCUCCGUUGAAACUGACCAUGCCAAGGAAUCAGCCCAUAUUCUGAAUGUGAUACAAAGUAAAUUGGAACUCAAGAGGGACAGAUUUGUUUACCGCAAGGUGGAUGAUGAAUUUUUGAAUUGCUUGAUCUGCAACAGUUUGAUCACAGUUGAUUCAAAAGAAUCUCAUGCAGAUGAUUCUGAACAUGUAACUAAUUAUGUUAAGUGCAAGGAAAACUUGGCUAACCAUCAAAUUAAAACAAAACACACAGAGAAAGCAAAAGUGGCUAAACCAAUUGAGACUGGACCGACUCCUGUAGAAAAUGGAGACAAAAACAAUAAUAAUGAGAAAGCAGAAGAAAAUAAUGGAAAGUUAGAUACAAAAGACGAGCCCAUGGAAAAGGAUGAAAGUGUACUUUCACCAGAAGAAGCGUUGAGAAGUGCAAUGAAGUUUGCUAAAGAAAAUAAUCUAAAAUACAAGCGCAACAGCACAUAUUGUAAUGUUUGCAAUGUAAAAAUUUCAUCGACAUUAGCAAGACUUAAGGAGCAUGUUUCAGAAGAAUCACAUAAACAAAAAGCUACAGGAACAGUGGACGAGUUUGUUGAAAAAGUUCCAUUUGUUCAAUUUUUCAAAAAUGAAACAACAGUUCGUAACAUAUUCGAGCAUGAUGUUGUUAUUAAUGAACAAUUUUGUGUGACCUUUGACAGUUAUCACACUUUGAGCAAGCAUGGUGCCAAAGUUAGAUGUCAGUUAUGUGAGGUAUCUAUGGAACGUAAUGAAUUUCCAAAGCACAUUCUACAUUGGAAACACGUGCAAGCCAUGCAAAUAGCAUCUCUUCUCAUAGGAUUUAGUACCGAGUUUGUGAGAGAGGUCCGGCCAGGGUUGUACCACUGUGGCUUUUGCAACUUCAUUGAAUCCAGCAUUUCAGGGCUGAAGAACCAUCUAAAGUCUUUCAAUCAUGGUGAAAAGAAAUAUUCAGCAAAAGUACGCCUGAUAAAAUAUCUACCAGCCAUCAGAGAACAUGAGGAGGACAGACACAAUGAAAUCCUUGCUCGAAUGUUUCUAGGUGGUGCCUUUGGCAGAUUUUGAUUACUGAAAAUUUUUGGUUAUCACUUUCAUGCCAUUAAUAAUACUUUUUUUCAGUACAACAAUCAGAAAAAUUGAUUAAUUUUUUACUAGUAAAAGUGUAUUUAGAGAUUUUGAUUACUGACUCUGACUUUGAUUAUCACUUAAGUACUUAUAAUUUAAGAUAUUUUUUUCAGUACCAAUACCAGAAGAAUUUGUUAUUUUUAUUAGUAAGCCUUUGCCUAGAUUUUGAUUACUGACGCUAAUUUUGAUUAAUCACUUUCAUGUCUAUACUUUUGCUGACAAUACUUAGUUUAAGAUGUUUUCUUUGAUUACAAAAAUCAGAAGAUUGAUUAUUAUUAUUUUUGAAAGUAAUAUAUUUUUAAAAAUUCUUAUGACGGGGUUUUAGGUAGGUAGGUAUAUCCAGAUUUUGAUUGUUGAAUGUCAUUCCUGAUUAUCACUUUCAUGUCUUUACUUUUGCCAUAUACAAUACCUACAUAAAAUUAAAGAUAUUUUUUUUGAGUAGUUCAAAUAGAGUUAAGUUUUUUUUUAAGUUGGUGUUUGAUUAUUUACUAACUGAAAUUGCUUUAUGAUUAUUUUUCAUUUAAGUAAAAAGAUAAUAUUUUUGUAAUAAUAUUAAUUUUUUAUGGACAACAGAUAAUUGUUUUCUUUAUUUUUGUGUUAAAAAAAUUCGUUGGCUUUCCAUCACUUUUAUUUAAUCUUCAAAAUAUCAAUAAUAUAGCAUUUUCUAAUUAUUACUUACAUCAUAUAAGAUACUUUUCGGUAGCUUUGUUUUUUUUAUUUUCAAGACUUUCGUUUUUCAUAAAAAAAAAGAUUAUUGUAUUAAUGAGUACUUAAUUUUGUAUUCAAACAUUAUUCAGUACAAAUUAAUAUUUUUAGAUAAUUUAAAGAAAGUGUUUGGAGAAAGUAGGUACAGUAAUAUGUGUUAUAGUUAUAAGUUUACCAAAAACAUUAUUUUUAUGUGAUAUUUGACCAAAAAAUACCUGAUUGUGUAAUUAUAGUAUCUGGGAAGACAAUUUGACCAGAUGUAAUAGUAAGACGAGCGUUUGUUGUUGUGUAAAAAUCGAAGGAGCAUUAUAGACUACAAGCCCUUGAAAAAAAUACCUGUGAAAUGAACCAACGUGAAUAACGCUUAGAAGGUUGUUACUAUAUCAGAAAAUAACUCUGAGCACUAUGCCAUUUCUGAGCGGUACAGGUGAGUACGCGAGUGAAUGGAAUUUCUCAGGUACAAAUGAUGAAUUACGACUAAUUAUUAAUGUACGGCUUUGUUAUAGUGUUAUGGAUGAUUAAAAAUAAAUGUUGUAAAUCCUAGUGCCGUACUAAAAUGGUGGUGCCGGAACUCCGAACAAUUUUUUAAAUGUCGACAAUUUAGAAGCAAAAUAGGUCAUUUAUUACGGCAUUUGUGCAAUUCCUUUUGUACACAUAUACAGAUACUUUACCCAUAAACGCCGUACAUAUUUCCAGCGCAAGAGUCGAAAGAUAAGAGUCGCAAGCCUUACUCUUCAUUCGCGUACUCACCUGUACCGCUCAGGAAUUACGGAAUAGUGCUCGAGAGUUAUUUUCUGAUAUAGUAACAGCCUUCUAAGCGUUAUUCACGUUGGUUCAUUUCACAUGUAGUUUUUGUUCAAGGGCUUGUAGUCUAUUAAAACUUGUAAACAAGCAUAGUACCUAUGUUGUUGUAGUUGUUAUUCAACCGUUUUUAGUUAAACGAGUUUCGAUGGCAAAUAAUUUAGAAACGUGAUUCUUUACGCCACCCACACACAAUCAAGUUAAUAUCAAGUAUGACGCUUAGUGAUGUUGGCUGUGAACAAAAUAUCGAUACUACUACCAUGACUAUCCAUUUUUUAUUUCACUGCCUUGACAUUGACUUGAUCGUGUGUGGCAGGCGUUAUGUAACAUACAUAAAACGCGUUAGUAACGUUAACUUAAUACUACAUUCAAAUCGUCUUCUGGGAAUAGAAGAACUACCUAUUAUAAUGUGAUGUUAUAGUGAGAAUAGAUACAAAGUAGGUUCAUUGACUCAAUCGUCUUUGUAAGUCUUUUGCCUUUAUUAUUAGUUGUAAGUUCAAAUAAUCAUUCUAAUUUUAUAUUAUUAGGUCAUGUACACACUCAAUGAAUAGUGUAAAAAAAUAUUGUAAUACUAGCGGAUGCCCGCGACUUCGUCCGCGUGAAACUCGAUGUAAACUUUCAACUACCGCUACCCUACCCCUACCCUAUAGGGGUUGAUCGUAGAGGGGUGAAAAAUUUAAAGUAUUAUGAGAUUUUUUAUUGUAAGUCAUCAAAAAAUAAAAAAAAAAUUUACCAAAAAAAAUUAUAGUUUUUAAUUAACAAAUAAAAUAUAAGGGUUGAUCGUAGAGGGGUGAAAAUUUAGGGUUGUAUGUAUUUUUGUAUGCUGUGUCAUAAAAAAAUAAAAACAAAAAAUUUUGCCUAAAAAAUAAAAAAAAAAAUUUAGGGGUGGACUACCCUUAACAUUUAGGGGGAUGAAAAAUAGAUGUUGGCCGAUUCUCCACCCUGGCCGACAAUCACGCUAAGGAUCACAAAAAUCGGUCGAGCCGUUUCGGAGGAGUUCAAGUUCGAACACCGCGACACGAGAAUUUUAUAUAUUAGAUUGUGAUUAUAAUAUUAAUAUAUCAAGAAGCGUCUAACGUCUAGGGAGACAUGCCUUGUAGCCAUGUGGCACGUCGAUUCUCUUUCUACAAUCGCUAACGCUUCGAAAACUAGAAAAAUGUAUGGGAAUGACAGAUCUUGAUCACGUGACCUGUCGAUAGCAAAUGUCGUUCCCAUACAUUUUUCUAGUUUUCGAAGCGUUUGCGAUCGUAGAAAGAGAAUCGACGUGCCACUUAGCUACAGGGUAUGGUUCUUCAUGAUAUUCAGGAGAGUCGAGCUCAAUUAGUAAAAAAAAUAUAUUCCUGACGUUUUUUCUACUGGCAAAUAAAUUGUUUGUGUGUACAGGACCUAAGUUUAUUUUCGUUUUUUUUUAAUUGUAAGUUGAAAAUUAAUCAUAUUAAGUUUAAACAACAAUUAUUCUAAUUUUAAAUUGUUAAUCCUUUAAAAUAAUUUUAAUUUUUUGCUAAUUAUCCAAUUUUGAAUUAUUGUCUAUUGUUUAAAUGUUUAUUAAAUUCUAUCAAUAAAGUUAUUUUAGUAUAUAACAGAA